UUCUUGAAGUGAGGUCAAUCAUGGCCAACAAUACAAGCAAGAGUCAGGAAAUUAGCUAGAUUAGCUAGGGACCAUUGUAGCUCAGAUAACACUCGUCGUGUUUUCUAAUAUCCAACUUUAUCCAAUAGUGGGAGACAAGCAAGCGUAUAAUUGAUUUGUUAAUGACAUCUUUAAGGGGACAUUUUUGACUAGCGGUGGAAAAAAGAACUCUCACUUGCUCCCUUUCACUAUUUGGUGGCAGGCUCUUCAAUGCAGUUGGCAGUGAAACGAAGCGGCUCAAGUUUGUUUGUAUGUUGGCUACUAAGAUAGCCGAACGCUGGUAAUUAACCUAUGACUAUAGAGCCGAUUGAGCGUUGGCUUCGCAAUAUGACUUAAUUGUCAGGGUAAAAUUACAACAAUUUGAAUUUCCAUUGCCCUGUAGCUAUAGGCUAGAUUUGGGAAACGAGACUUGUCACACGCAAACAAGCUAUUGUGCUAUAGCAGCAUGCUACUUCUGGACAACCAGGUUUUGACAGGUAGGACUACCUAGCUAGCUAGUUAGUAAAGCAAGGGAACCACCAUUUUAUGUAAUUUAAUGAUUAUACAUAGGUUAGUCUGACUUUUUAAAAGUAGCCCGCGCUCAAACCAAAGAAGAACAAUGUUAUCGAAUGCAGGGAACCAGAACCAACAAGCGUUCCCAAACCAGCAACAAGCGCCAAAUCUAAACUCAGCAUCCCUUCCUCAAUUUUUCGUUAAACCACACAAUCCUCUUCAAACAAAAAAGCAUGCCAUAACUGACGAUUACACGGUUACACGUCAAGUACUUGGAAUGGGAAUAAAUGGAAAAGUAUUGGAAAUUUUCCGGAAAGGAAGUGGGGAGAAAUACGCACUAAAGAUGCUGCAAGAUUGCCCCAAAGGUCGACGAGAGGUGGAGCUACACUGGAGGGCGUCACCCUGCUCACACAUCGUACGCAUCGUGGAUGUUUACGAGAACCUUUACCAGGGCAGGAAGUGCUUUCUCAUCGUCAUGGAGUGCAUGGAUGGCGGUGAGCUGUUCAGUCAUAUUCAGGACAGAGGGAACCAAGCCUUCACAGAAAGAGAGGCUUCAGAUAUCAUGAAGAGUAUAGGUGAGGCCAUCCAGUAUCUGCAUGCCAUUGACAUCGCCCACAGAGAUAUAAAGCCAGAGAACCUCCUGUAUACCUCAGAAAGGCCAGACGCCCUGCUCAAACUGACAGACUUUGGCUUUGCCAAGGAAAUCACCACACUGAAUUCCCUGGCCACACCGUGCUAUACCCCCUACUAUGUUGCUCCAGAGGUUCUUGGUCCAGAGAAGUACGACAAGUCCUGCGAUAUGUGGUCUCUGGGCGUCAUCAUGUAUAUCCUACUUUGUGGAUACCCUCCCUUUUACUCUAACCACGGCCUGGCCAUAUCUCCAGGGAUGAAGAAGCGCAUCCGCAACGGGCAGUACGAGUUCCCCAACCCUGAGUGGUCUGACGUGUCUGAAGAAGCUCAGCAGCUGAUCCGCCACCUGCUGAAGACUGAGCCCAGCCAGAGGAUGAGCAUCACAGAGUUCAUGAACCACCCUUGGAUCAAUCAGUCUAUGGUGGUGCCUCAGACCCCUCUUCAUACAAGUCGUGUUCUGAAGGAAGAGCAGGAUGUCUGGGAGGAGGUGAAGGAGGAAAUGACAAGUGCCCUGGCAACCAUGAGAGUGGAUUAUGAGCAGAUUAAAAUCAAAACCAUCCAGGAGUCGACGAAUCCUCUGCUGAUGAAAAGAAGGAAGAAGGCCAACAAUGCUACCACUCAGGCUCCAGGACUGUGAGACAAAGACACUUUAAGAAACUCUCUCACACACACACACACACUCUCUCUUUCUUGAAACAGAGAAGCCUGUUUGGUAAUCAUUUUUUUAUUUUUUUAUUGUCAGUGUUAAUUUUAGCUUGAUUUUAUAUAUAUAUAUAUA